UUUUGGUGUGGUGUGUGUGUGUGUGUCUGCACAAUUGGCUCAUUUCAGAAUUCAAAACCUUUAAUGUAAACGAUUGGUGUUUUGUUUUCCAAUCCACAAAUUUUGCUUCCCAGAGCUCCACUGGACUUCGUGUUGUGUACAUACUGCUGUAUGGUUUUAUUUAUUUUAACUGUGCAAAUCAUCUGGAAGAUUUUUCUUUUUCCCCGAGUGCCAUUUCGGAUUUGUUCAGCCUUUUUUUGUUGUUUUGUUUUGUUUUCCUUCCCUGGCAUUUUAAGCAUUUGGAAACGAGAGAUUUUUUUCAACCUUUGGAGCUUAAGGGUUCCCUUGUCAACAGAAGGACAGCUGGGAAAACUGGAUUGAAAGGAUGGUUUUUAUCUGGCUGCAGUUAAGACCGAUAUUUUGAAGUCACAGUCUUUCUGUGGUUCGUUUUUUAGCGCAGAGUGCUACCCUUAAAGAGAUUUGUGGUUGACGUUUUGGUUUCUAAGAAGGUCAUAGUUUUUCCUCUUUCGUUUCUUUUUUUUUUUUUUUCCCCUUCCCAUUUUCUUCUUUCUUUUUUAAGACAAGGGAAGGGGAGGGUAAAGGGUCAAGAAAGGAGGAGACCAUGUUAAGUGGUAGAAGUAGACCGGUUCUGCAGUUACCAGGCUCCUGACAGCUGGAGGAAAAAGGAUUCAGUCUUCAACUUGGGAGGCCUUCCUCUCACCUUCCUUAAACAUUGCAAGGGAUUCAGGCCUGAUCAAGACGCCCAAAGAAGCUACAGGAUUCCAGAACUGUGGAGACACCAAGAAACCAUGAGCAUAAGAUUACCCCAUAGUAUAGACAGAUCAGCCAGUAAAAAGCAGUCUCACCUGUCCAGCCCCAGUGCAGCCUGGUUAAGUAGCCUGUCUUCUCUGGGAGACUCCACACCUGAACGCAUGUCCCCAUCUCACCACCGCCAGCCCUCCGACGCCUCUGAGACAGCAGGUCUUGUUCAACGCUGUGUCAUCAUCCAAAAGGACCAGCAUGGCUUUGGCUUCACAGUUAGUGGGGAUCGAAUCGUGCUGGUACAGUCUGUGCGCCCUGGAGGUGCAGCCAUGAAAGCUGGUGUGAAAGAGGGUGACCGGAUCAUCAAAGUGAACGGCACCAUGGUGACCAAUAGCUCACACCUGGAGGUGGUGAAGCUUAUCAAAUCUGGCGCUUACGUUGCACUUACCCUCCUGGGCUCUUCUCCUUCCUCCAUUGGUGUCUCUGGGCUCCAGCAGAACCCAUCUCUGGCAGGAAUACCCAGAGUUAACCCCAUGAUUCCUCCACCACCUCCUCCUCCACCCUUGCCACCUCCACAACACAUUACAGGACCCAAACCUCUGCAGGAUCCUGAAGUUCAAAAGCAUGCCACUCAAAUCCUCAGGAAUAUGCUGAGACAGGAGGAGAAAGAGUUACAGCGUAUCUGUGAGGUGUAUAGUCGGAACCCUGCCAGCCUGCUAGAAGAGCAAAUCGAAGGUGCCCGGCGGCGAGUCACUCAGUUACAGCUGAAGAUCCAGCAGGAGACUGGUGGCUUAGUGGACAUUCUUCCACUCUAUGGUGACACCAGCCAGAGAACAUCUGAGGGCCGCCUCUCUCUGGAUUCCCAGGAGGCUGACAGUGGCUUGGACUCUGGGACAGAACGCUUUCCCUCCAUCAGUGAGUCUUUGAUGAAUCGGAACUCAGUAUUGUCAGACCCUGGACUAGACAGCCCUCAGACCUCCCCUGUGGUCCUGGCGAGAGUGGCCCAGCACCACAGGCGACAGAGCUCAGAUGCACCCGUGCUCCCACCCGACGACCAGGGUGUAGAUCAAAGCCCAAAGCCUCUGAUUAUUGGCCCAGAGGAAGAUUAUGACCCAGGUUAUUUCAACAAUGAGAGCGACAUCAUCUUCCAAGAUCUUGAGAAACUGAAGUCGCAUCCAGCUCACUUGGCAGUUUUCCUGCGUUACAUCUUCUCUCAGGCAGACCCUGGUCCACUGCUUUUUUAUUUGUGUUCAGAAGUUUAUCAACAGACAAGUUCCAAGGAUUUCCAAAGAAGUUUGGGGAAAGACAUCUGGAAUAUUUUCCUAGCAAAAAAUGCGCCUCUCAGAGUGAAGGUCCCUGAGAUGUUGCAGGCCGAAAUCGACCUGCGCCUGCGGAAUGGCGAGGAGCCUCGAAGUGCUCUCUGUGAAGCUCAGGAGGCAGUCAUGCUGGAGAUCCAGGAACAGAUCAAUGACUAUAGAUCGAAGCGCACUCUGGGGCUGGGCAGCCUCUAUGGUGAAAAUGACCUACUGGACCUGGAUGGGGACCCUCUUCGAGAGCGCCAAAUGGCUGAGAAGCAACUGGCUGCCCUUGGAGAUAUCUUGUCUAAGUAUGAGGACGACCGGAGUGUUCCCAUGGACUUUGCCCUUAAUACCUACAUGAGCCAUGCUGGGAUCCGUCUUCGGGAGUGGAGACCCUCCAGCACAGCAGAAAAGGCCCAGUCUGCUCCUGACAAGGACAAGUGGCUGCCCUUCUUCCCCAAGACCAAGAAGCAGAGCAGCAAUUCCAAGAAAGAAAAGGAUGCCUUGGAGGACAAGAAGCGGAACCCCAUCCUCAGAUACAUUGGGAAGCCCAAAAGCUCUUCUCAGAGCACAUUUCAUAUUCCCUUGUCCUCUGUGGAAGUUAAGCCAGGCAGUGUGAGGAACAUCAUUCAGCACUUUGAGAACAGCCAGCAGUAUGAUGCCCCAGAGCCGGGGACACAACGACUCUCAACAGGAAGCUUUCCUGAGGACCUGCUGGAGAGUGACAGUUCCCGCUCAGAGAUUCGCCUGGGCCGCUCUGAGAGCCUCAAGGGACGGGAAGAGAUGAAGCGAUCUCGGAAAGCAGAGAACGUGCCCCGAUCUCGAAGUGAUGUUGACAUGGAUGCUGCUGCCGAGGCCACUCGUCUCCAUCAGUCAGCCUCGUCCUCUGCCUCCAGCCUCUCCACCAGGUCUCUUGAGAACCCAACCCCUCCCUUCACACCCAAAAUGGGCCGCAGGAGCAUCGAGUCCCCCAAUCUGGGCUUCUGUACAGAUGUUGUCCUUCCCCACCUUCUGGAGGAUGAUCUGGGCCAGCUGUCUGACCUGGAGCCAGAGCCAGAUGUCCAAAACUGGCAGCAUACAGUGGGCAAGGAUGUGGUGGCAGGGCUGACACAGAGGGAGAUUGACCGGCAGGAGGUCAUCAAUGAGCUGUUUGUGACAGAAGCAUCCCACCUGCGCACACUCCGGGUCCUGGACCUCAUCUUCUACCAGCGCAUGAAAAAAGAGAACCUAAUGCCUCGGGAAGAGCUGGCAAGGCUCUUCCCUAAUCUGCCUGAACUCAUAGAGAUUCACAAUUCCUGGUGUGAAGCCAUGAAGAAGCUCCGGGAGGAGGGUCCCAUUAUCAGAGACAUCAGUGACCUCAUGCUGGCUCGGUUUGAUGGCCCUGCCCGAGAGGAACUCCAGCAGGUAGCUGCACAGUUCUGCUCCUAUCAGUCCAUAGCCCUAGAGCUAAUCAAGACUAAACAGCGUAAAGAGAGCCGGUUCCAGCUCUUCAUGCAGGAGGCUGAGAGUCACCCUCAGUGCCGGCGGCUGCAGCUUCGAGACCUGAUCAUCUCUGAAAUGCAGCGGCUCACCAAGUACCCACUGCUGCUGGAGAACAUCAUCAAGCACACAGAGGGUGGCACAUCUGAGCAUGAAAAGCUCUGCCGUGCCCGGGACCAAUGCCGAGAGAUUCUCAAGUUUGUUAAUGAAGCAGUGAAGCAGACAGAGAACCGUCACCGAUUAGAGAGCUACCAGAAACGCCUGGAUGCCACUGCCCUAGAGCGAGCCAGCAACCCCUUGGCGGCGGAGUUCAAGAGCCUGGAUCUCACAACAAGGAAGAUGAUCCAUGAGGGGCCCCUGACCUGGAGGAUCAGCAAAGACAAGACCCUGGACCUCCAGGUGCUGUUACUGGAGGACCUGCUAGUGCUGCUGCAGAGACAAGAGGAGAGGCUGCUGCUUAAGUGCCACAGCAAGACAGCCGCGGGCUCCUCAGACAGCAAGCAGACCUUCAGCCCUGUGCUAAAGCUCAACGCUGUGCUCAUCCGCUCCGUGGCCACAGACAAACGAGCCUUCUUCAUCAUCUGCACCUCUGAACUGGGCCCUCCCCAGAUCUAUGAGCUGGUUGCAUUGACAUCAUCAGACAAGAAUAUAUGGAUGGAGCUCUUAGAAGAGGCUGUGCAGAAUGCCACCAAGCACCCUGGAGCUGCCCCAACACCCAUCCAUCCCUCACCACCAGGAUCCCAGGAGCCAACCUACCAGGGCUCCCCCAAUAGCAGGGUAGAAAUAAAUGACUCGGAAGUUUACCACACGGAACCAGAACCCAAGGAACUGUCUGGAGGCCCUGGACCCCAGCAGAGACUUCAAGAAGAGCCUGAGCAGGAGGAGGGUGCAGAGGAUCUGAGAGCCCUGCCUCACCCUUCCCCCUCCCUGGAUGGCGAAAACAGAGGCAUCAGGACAAGGGACCCUGUCCUUCUUGCCCUUGCAGACCCUCUCCUCAUGGAGGGACUUGCUGAUGCUGCCCUGGAGGAUGUGGAGAACUUGCGGCACCUGAUCCUGUGGAGCCUGCUGCCCGGUCCUACUGCGAAGACUCAGGCUGCUGGCGAGCCUGAGGAUGACCUCACACCCACCCCCUCCAUCACCAGCAUCACCUCUCACCCCUGGGACCCAGGAUCCCCAGGGCAGGCUCUGACUAUAGGUGACAACACCCAGCUUCUGAGGCCGGAGGAGGAGGAGGAGGAUGUGGCUCUCUGGUCUCUGGCACGCCUGCCCCCAAGGACCAGAAAUUCUGGCAUCUGGGACUCUCCUGAGCUGGCUAGGAAUCCAGCUGAAGAGGCUUCAAGCACAGGACCAGCAGGAAGUUACAAAGUUGUAAGAAAAGUCUCUCUUCCCCCUGGUGGUGGUGUUGCUGCAGCCAAGGUGGCGGGCAGCAAAGUUACCCCUGCACGACCAGAGAGUGGCCAGUCAGAAUCUGAGCUAUCUGAAGUGGAAGGCGGAGCACAGGCUACGGGGAACUGUUUUUACGUCAGCAUGCCAGCAGGACCUCUGGACUCCAGCACUGAACCUACCGGGAUACCCCUAGGUCCCUCACAGCCUCAGCACCAGAGGAGGGGCAUUGGAGAUCCAAUGUGUUCCAGCUGUUCUCCCCCCAACCUGGUCCUCAGGGAUGUGGGUGUGAUCUUCCAUACCAUUGAGCAGCUUACCAUCAAACUUCACAGACUCAAGGACAUGGAGCUGGCCCAUAGAGAGCUUCUCAAGUCCCUUGGAGGAGAGUCAUCUGGUGGGACCACUCCUGUGGGCAGUUUUCACACAGAGACAGCCAGAUGGACAGACCACUCUCUCUCUCCUCCAGCCAAGGAAGCCCUGGCCUCUGACUCCCAAACCAGUCAGGAACAGGGGUCCGUCCCUGAAGAAGGCUCCGACAGUGCCACAGAUAGAGCUGCAUCACCAGGACCAUAGCCAUCCAGACAACCAGAGCCUCGGCUUCUCCACUCUGCCAGAGUCUGGCCUGAGCCAGAGCAUAACACUAGGAGACCCAAGCCUCCCCUUGAAAGAUGCUGCAGAGGCCCAGGGAGAGACCUGCCUGUUGCUUGGUCUGUUCACAUUGGACAGAGUCCAGUCUCAGUGUCUCUUCCUAUUAGCCAAGUCUCCAUGGUUUUCAUCUCCUAAGCAUGCUGACCACCACAGAAAGGCCUCCUACAGUGAUCUGCCCCUUCACCCCACAUAGCUCCAUGCAUAUGUGGGGUGUGCUUGAGUGCAUAGUACCCUCAGGUGUGCAGGUCAAAGGAGGAGGCUUUUGUGUAAAUGCACUUUUUUCCUCUCCUUCUUCCGAGGCCCGAGACAGCUGCGUGCCUGGCUCUCCUCUCUGUCCCUUUAGUUUCCUAUAAAUAUGUCUAUUGUAGGUGCAUUUUAGCCGUUGUAAAUAACGUAGCCAUUUUUCUGUCCUUGGCAUGCUCAACCAGUCAGAGACAGCUAAGAUGAGAGCCAGUCAGCAGCCCCGCGGGGGUGGUGACUGUGUCCCAGACUCCAGCCCUGUCAAGCUCCGGGCCUCCUCUGAAGCCCAGGCCUUCUCAUUGUCAGACAAGCCUGUGGGGAAGCAGCUUGCCUGACCCCUGCCCACCCCUUCCCUACUUGCCUCUAGAGGCAAAUACAGCAGGUACGAAACUCAAACAGACCCGAAGAGAGCAGAGUCCCUGAGUUACUUCAGGACCUUCCCCAGGGGUUCACCAUGUCCCACUCACCUCCCCACUGAUGAACAUACACACUGUGCUAGGUGUAUAUAUACAUAUAUAUAAAUAUAUAUAAUAUAUAAAAUAGAGAUAUGGAAAUGACUGUUUUGCUGUUAAAAUAAUGUAUACUCUUAUUUUCCUCCUUUCAUGGUUAAGAUUUUUUUAAAGAAAAGUUAAAUAUUCUUC